UCGGAGAGCCUGCUCCAAAGAAAAUGGAUAUAUUCUAAAACGUGAAUACAAAUGACUAUUCUAUUUCCGCAUAGCGUAGAAUCCGGGUUCAGAAAUUGUGACCGUGUUAAACGUAAGGGUACCUAGCGCUGAACCUGCGAAGUCUACUGUAGCCUUUUCGAGUGUCAGCAAAUUAAGGAAAACUGAUCAUGGGUCGUGAGGAACUCCGGUUCAGGUCAUUUUCGGAACGUGUAGCAUCCAUUAGUAUCGAUGUUAUUCACCGCAUUAAUCGGGAUCAACAAUAUAUUGUCGGCGCUACGGAAACACACUUUAAGGCUUCUCUCGACAAAUGGCUCGAGCUAAACUGCACACAAAAGUUUACUGAACUGGUAAAUUUUGUUGGACCAGACGUCUACUCAUUACCUCACCUUCUGCAUGCCAAGGAUGGGAUUUUUAAAGUCCUGCAACAACAGCUGGGAGAAGAAAAGUCACCCUCCCUCGAGGCCAACUUAGAACUAGUGGUCGCACUGGCAAGAGACCUUCAAGAUCAAUUUUAUCCAGAAUUUGCAACAUUUUUCACAGUUAUUACGUCAACUCACCUUCAACAAAGAGAUGCCGAUGUGCUCGAAAAGGUGUUCACUUGUCUAGCCUAUCUUUUCAAAUUCCAAUGGCGGUUUAUGGUAGAGGAUAUUGAAUCCGUGUUCGACCUUUACAAACCACUGCUUUCGGAACGGCACCAGGAUCAUACUAAAGCGUUCGCAGCCGAAAGCUUCGCUUUUCUAUUGCGUAAGGUAGCUGAUAAAAAAUAUCUAUUAAAUAUCAUCUUUGGUCAUGCAGAUCGGGACUCAAGCUUGGCCCGGGGCUUGGGUGUCCUCUUCUUUGAAGUGUUAAAGGGUGUCAAGACACGAGUUCAUUCUUGUGCUGAGCAGAUGUUCCCCCUAAUCAUGCAGAGGCUAGCUCAUCGAAGCGGUGAUUCGACAGAUACACGACUCAUUGUUAUCCGGACUAUGUUGGAGCUACUUUGCAACCACCUUACGCCGGACUAUAGCCAGUUUUUAUGGAAGACCCUAAAGGAAUGUCUCCUGUCUUCGGGCGAUUUAACUCCGUCACAUUUUGCAGCACUUUGCCAGUGCUAUGGAGAGGUCAUUUCAUUUAAAGACGGCAAAUUAGCGAGCCUUAAUCCUGACGAUAUAUGCAAUACAUUUGCGAAGGCGUUCUCUCAAUGUCCGGAGGAAGCGUUCCCGCAUUUGCUUGAUGCAAGUGCUCUUGCACUAACAGUUUGUGAGGAAAGAGGUGCCAAGGAGAUUUUUGUAUCGAACGUGCUGGAAGCUUUUAGUGUAUCAGAGCAAAUCGUUGAAGAGGAUGCUCUGUUAAAGUUUAUGGACAACCUGGCGAAGCUCAACUGCUUUCAUGAGACGGUUGUACCAAUAUUAUGGAAGUACAGCGAGCAACAAGAAGGAAGAAGGGCCUUGCGUCUUCUUUCAAAAUUGGAAUCUUUGGCAGGAAUGAAGAUUCACUGUGCAGCAAGCCUUGUGGAGUGGAAACCCCUUGUGUGCUUACAAAGAAUCGAACGGUCUUCAUUGUCCGACUACCUGUUCGCUACGUUGACUUUGACAAAAGAAAAUGUCGAAAAUAUUGAACAUCUGGAAUGCUUCUGGGAGUCGUGCUGCCUAGUGCGUCAUUUGCAAUCUCUGUGGGACUCCACCAAAGUUGUGGAGCAGCUUCAAAAAGCUUUGAGGGUUUUGAUUAAGCGACGCACUAUGGAUCUGCUUCAGUUGGCUUGCAUCCAGGAAUGCGUCCGAAGUCUAGUAGUCCUCAAAGUAAGUGUCGACCCUAAGUGUUUGAUGUUGGUGCUACGUAAAUACAAGGAUCCAUUCAUCUUGAGAUCGAUGGAUUUGGCUGUCUACAGUACCACCGAGAAAGACUCUCAUCUUCAAACUGAGCUCUUCAGUGAACUUUGGUGGCUCCUAACCUCUCCUUACGCAAUUGUGCGAUUCCUUGCGCUCCGAAUUUUAUCUCAGUUUGAACCGCCCGAAAAGAAGAUUCCAAAAGGGAAGUUUGCUGCUUGCCGUUAUAUGUUAGCUCUUGAAGGAAUCGCAGUAACCGUGCAAGAGUUCAAGAAUAGGAACAACCUUAUGGAAAAGUUGAGAUUUGAGACAGUCCUUAGGAACGCUGUGGACCCGACACUACAUCGAUUUACUUUGGCUUUUUUAUUCGGCCAACUCCACAUUAGUUUUAGCCAAUUGUGGUCGACUGUUAAAAAACUUAUUGCCACUUAUAUGGAUUACGAGAAAUUCUGGGAGGUUAUGAACCGUCAGUUUGACGAGACUACCAAAGCUAUUCAAACGCAAGAACACUUCAUCGGUCCGCCGAUAUCUAAUGAGAUCAUGGAUACUACCCUUGUGGAUCUUCUCACAGUCAAGGAAACUUAUGAAAAUGUCGAUUAUGAUCUACACCGAGUGCUUCUUUGGAAUGUGGUUGAACAGGUAACCGACGCUGCCAUAGUCAGUGAUGUACCGUACAAAUAUUUUUUGAACCUGUUUGAAGAGGAGUUCCGGCCACGUUCGGAGUUUAUCGCCAGUGAGCGUGUCCUAAAGGAACACUUGCUAAGUGACAACGAGAAUGAUAUGGAUGUCAAAAUGGACGAAGAUGGCGCAAUUAUAAUUGAUGAUAGUGAUGUAGAGGAUGACAAUGUCCGGCCUGAAGGUAACACAAGCAUAAUGAACGAUACUGAUACGAGGAAAUCGACUAACGCGCCGAAAUAUGGUAUAAGGUCUAAAGAAGCUAAAGCAAUUACGCCAGGAAGAAAAUGUGUCGCAAGUUUGAAGGCCGCUUUAACCGCUUUGGCUCAUUCAGAGCUCAAACAAUUAGAGCAAAGCAAACGUGAAGAAUUUGAGGAACGGUUCGGGGAUCUGCUUAUGUAUCCGGAAGCUGCGAUACAAAAACUGGCCUUAGAAUGUCUGUUAGCAUGUGGAGUCAGCGUGUUGCACUGUUGUAAAGAGAAUUUGAUGAAACUUCUCGAUGACAAAGAAUGGAUGAACGUGCUUAACGAAAGUUUUUUGGCUAAUGACACGAGUUCUGUUCAGCGUAAAAAUGAAGCGGGUCGAGAAAAAACUAAGCAAAUGCAACGCUUGCCCGAUAAACAAAGAAAAAAGGUAUUGCCGUACGUAAUGCGUUUACUCUUUGGAAGGAUGCUGACAAAAAAAACGGGACAUCGCUCGAAGUCGCGAGUAGCGUCGAAGCACGCUGCUGUGUUGCGUUUUUUAGCUAGCUCUCGGGAGUCAGAUCUCAUCUAUUUUAUCGAACUAAUUCUACUACCGUUACGAAGGUACAACAUAAGUGUAGAUGACGACGACGGCGUCUCAACGGAACGCCUUCUUGAGAAUGUGUCAUUUGAUCCCGAAAACGCCGUGCCUGUGAGACGCAUCAGACAGGUCCUUAACAAUAUUCGCCAUGUUUUGAACCAUAUGAGUGGUGUCCUGCCGACUUUUCUACCUCUUCUGCUUCGAUCUGUGUUGUUGCUACUCCGCUAUUCGAAUCUUGUUACACAGAGAGCCGGCGACAUCAACCGUCUUUACUCGCAGUCCAUCAAAAGAGCACGUAUGCUCUGCGUAGACAUCGUUUAUCAUUAUUUCACUCAGCUGGAUCGGUUCGCGAUGAAACUGAAUGAUGUGCAUUUAUUCUUUGAGCUUUAUGUUUGGCGUACACUACAGGAGCUCGUGCGCUUUCCAGGUGAUCCAUCGGCUCGCGUAUUCCGAUUGUUUUUAUGCUUUGCGCAGAAGGAAAAUCUUCAGUUCUUACUUGGUCUCAAGAGUCGCGAUGAUCCAACUCGAACAAUAAUGUCAGAUCUGAUGACUAUUCUGGGUACAUCAUCAGCGCAUCCGGAUGUGGUCAAGUCAAUUAGAGACGUCAUCAAAUAUCUUCUAUCGGACGUGGCGCCCGAUGAAACAGUGGCCAGAAUAAUUUAUUCGUUAGAAGAUGUCGAUUUGCAUGAUAACACGGAACCGUCAACUGGGUUCCGUAUCGCGCUGCCAUACACAUUCGUUAUUAUAUCCCGUUCUUUUGAGCAGAUGAAAGAGUAUGAUAGACCCAUGCAUCCAGUUGAUCGGUUUAUCCUUUUCAAGUUGAGCAAGUACAACACCGAUCCGGCAUUAGCUAGCAACAUGCUGGUACUUCUUGCAUCAAUGCUUCAUAAGAAAAGUCGAGCUAAGAAAAACGAGGAUGACACCUUUGAAUACGAAACACUGUGCAUAAUUAAGAACCUCAUAGUGGCAGCCGAUUCGGUUGCAGAUAUCUACUUGUCACUCUGUAGAAUGUGGGCCAUCGUGGAAGGCAGGAAUAGUCGAAACGUCCUCCUGAAUGUGUUCCAGAUGCUCAGUACGAAGAUGUCCGGAAUUGAUGCCAAAGUAUGCGAUAUACUUGGGAAACUUAACUCGUGGGACGCAAGACUAACCGAAGAACCGGCCUAUUUGCAGAGAAUCAAAGGAUUUCGAGAGCUCGUAGCCUUGACUGAGGCCAUGAAAAUACCAGAGGUGCAGACGGCGCUUCCUCUCAUACACAGCUGCAUUUAUACAUCGCUUAGAAGCAGCGACCUUUCACUGAGAGACGCCGCAACGUAUGCGCUUUUUAAGCUUAUUACUUUCUGCCACGAUGUUCUAGGUGAAGGCCAUGAGGUAUUUUUUAAGACUUGCGUCGAACAGGAGAUAUACGGAAGUAUCAAAAAAGGUUUUCGAAGCAACGAGGAGACAACGCGCCAUGAAUGUGUCAAAAUCCUUACACAUAUACUGAACACCUGUGGAAAGCGUGCGCUGUUCAAAGAACUUAAGAGCUUCCAGGACACGGAAAAGGAAAAAGAUUUCUUUGAAUGCAUCGUUCACAUUCAGCUUCAUCGACGCGCACGAGCACUCAUUCGUCUUUCGACCGCUUUAUCUGCAAGGCAUAUAUCUGCCCGAAGUAUUAUGGACGUUUUCCUGCCUUUGACUGAAUCAUUCCUGUUGAAAGAAGAGUACGCCAAACAGAACAUUGCCGAAGCUGCUAUACAGAACUUGGGCUCGCUAGCUAGUAAGCUACCUUGGCGACAAUAUGCGCGUUUGCUUGAAAAGUACAUUUUGCUAUUAUCCAAUAAGGAACUAUGCAGUGUCAGAGCUAACCAGAAAUGUAUUGUAAAGAUAAUUGUAACUUUGCUGGACGCGUUUCACUUCGAUCUCAGUCAGUUGGUGUCGGUGUUUGAAGAAAAUGCAACAACAUCGACAACGAGCUCCCUGCCGCUUCGAGAGCGUUUAGCUCCACCAGACGCACCAAUUUCACUCGACGCUGCGGUGGAUCUAAACAUGACUGAACAAGAAGAGGCCGCCGAAGAAAUCAAGGAAGGCCUACCGACAGUUAACGAAAGUGGGACCUUGCCACCAGACGGAAUGGUAACCGUCGUCGAUGUCAAAGUGGGCAAAGAGAUUCUACAGACUCUCAAGGAUGUGUUGUUAUGCAAAUUGCAGUCAGCCAUCACCAGAAAGGGCUACUACUCGACCGAUGGCGCUGACGACGAUAAUGAAGAAAAUGAUGUCCUUCGAGUUUCGAUUGCAGUGGGAGUCGUUAAGCUACUAAGUAUCCUGCCAAGUAAAACGUUCCUACGAACAAACCUGUCGUCUGUGUUGCUUAAAGUUAUUGUAUUUUUGAAGUCACGUCUUUUGCCUGUAAGGGAGACGGCACGCAGCGCGCUUGUGAAAAUAAUCAAUAUUCUCGGACCCUGCUAUUUGAAAUAUGUGAUCAGGGAGAUGCGUUCAUUGCUCAGCAGAGGUUUUCAACUGCACGUCUUAACGUUUACGGUACAUGCCAUCCUUGAAGCAGUUCGCUCCCAGAUGCAGCCGGGUGAUCUUGACGAAUGUACUGAUGAUAUUCUUGAAAUUUGUCUAGAGGAGCAGUUUGGCGAGGUCGCUGAUGAGAAGGAUAUCACGGGUAUAACGGCUAAAACUGAUGAGGCAAAACGAACGAAAUCGCUAGACAUGUUCCGCAUUGUUGCUGCUGUAGUGUCUGAGGACCAACUACAACGACUGCUUGACGCCGUUGAGGUGAAACUUUUGGCAGGUCAUAGUGCUCGUAUAGUAAGCAAGUGUGAGAAGAUUUUCGAACAGCUGACGUCCGGUCUUGAAACCAAUAAGGGCUUGAGUAAAGUGACAAUAUUUAUUUUUUGCUAUAAGUUACUGAAUGAAAAUACCCAUCGCCUUUUAAUCACCGAUCCAGUCCUUGCCAAGGAGCUUAAGGGUGAAACGGACAGCCAGCGGGGAAUCGAGGAUAUAGACGACACGAAUAGAGAAAGUACACUGCCCUAUGAAAGGCCUGAUGUCUUUCUCGUCCCAAAAGCGCCAGUACGUAGCCAUGUUGGAACGUUGGUGUCGCAUAAGGCAAACGUACAUGUCCUCGUUGAGUCGGCUCUGAAAUUACUUCGUGAUAUUUUGCGUAAGAAUCGCGGGCAAGAAAUGAACAAACAUUUAAACAUGCUAGAUCCGUUCGUGGCUCCUCUAUGUCAACUGCAACGGUCUUCGUAUGUUAAGGUAACGACACUGUCUAUGAUUGUCAUUCAGCAACUCCUUCAUUAUCCGCUACCAGCUUUCCAAGCGCAUCUUCACAUAAUUAUCUCGACGGCCAUGUCCAUCAUACAUAAGUACCUUGGAACAACGCAACAGAGUGGACCCAACUACGAGAUGCUCAUCGCUGCAUUCAAGACUGUUCGUACCAUUUUGAACGAAGUCGAAACUGUGGAGCUGGACGAAGAGCAAUAUAAGAUGCUGCUUACCUAUAUUGAGACGGAUAUUUGUGACGUCGAGCGACAGGGAGUUGCAUUUUCACUUCUGGCCGCUGUCAUUGACAAGGGCGUUAAUCUCCCUGAGUUGCACAGUCUGAUGAGAAAGGUGGCAGAAAUGUCAAUUCAGGAAGAGGUAACAGCUAUACGUAAUCAAGCAAGGACCCUGUAUCAGAAGUAUCUCUUCGACUAUCCGAUCGAGCCGAAACUACGUGAGAAAUGUGUAGCCUUCUACCUUGGUCAACUUGAAUACUCGGUGGAGGAGGGUCGCCAAAGCGCUGCUGAAAUGGUCUAUCAGAUCAUUAAGCUCUAUCCUGAGAACCUCUUGGCGAAAUCUGCUUUGUUCUUCUUUGUGCCAUUAUCAGCGAGUUUGGUAAAUGAUGGUUCGGUAAUUAUGCGGAAGAUGUGUUAUGGCUGCCUGAAGGCGUUCUUAGAAAAGCUUAAUAAUAAUAGCCGAACAUCGCUUUACGCGCUUGCUAAAAAAUGGUUGCAAGACGUUUCAAAGGUACAAAAACAGUUUCUUGGUGCUCAAGUUAUCGGCUGUUUCGCAGAGGUCGAAAAAGAACAAUUUGCCAUUCGAGUUGAUGAUUUAAUGAACAUAUUCGUCAAGCUCGUAAAGGCGAAGGACGAUGCUGAUCAGAUAGACUGCGAAGUCGAGAACAAUGAACGAGAGCAAGAUCGUCUGGUGUACCUCAUUUGGAACAGUACAAUCAAGAUCCUUUCGCAUGUUCGCCUACUUGAGUCAGAAACUCCAGCACAUCGUGCUAUCUGUUCUUCCCUAAUGUCAUCCUGCCAGGCGCAUCUACUUUACCCACAUUCGUGGGUGAGGGUCGCCGCAUCAAGGAUAUUUGGUUUACUAUUCGCCAGGUACGAACCACGGAAACUGGCGCAAACUAUCUGUAAAGAUGAAAAAAGCGGUAGCUCUAAUAAACAGAGAGAGGCAUUUUCCGGUGACUGGUUGCCUUGCGGAGGUCGGUCCCUUAUCGACAAACUAGUCAUAUCCUUCUUAGAACAGUUCCAAAGCAGACAAGUACCAAACGACCUGCUUGAUCAACUCGUCAAGAACUUGCUGUUUGUUGGGAAGGUUCUUCUUUAUCUAAGCCACGGAACAUCCGAGAAGACAGAUAGAAAGCUAGCAAAGGAUGCUAGUGAUAAAAAUCAGAAAAAGGAUGAUGAGAGCACAGGUGAAUUUGAAUAUGGCAGAGAGCAAACGGAAGGUGACAAUAAUCAAUGCGGCCAAAGUGACCAUCGCACCUUUGGCUGGUUUGUUUUCAAGAUCGAGAAAGAGUUGCGGGUUUUAAGAGUGAACAACCGAACACCCAACUAUGAAAAGCGGACGUGUUUAUACAAGCUUCUGGCGGCUCUCUCGCUUGAAUGUCCACGAGAAGUCCUGCAGUGUUACAGCCACAAUUUUCUUCGCCCACUGGUGCGUGAUCUAGAAUCCACCGCAAAAGAUCAAGACUUUUAUCAGCUCGUAAAGGACGCGUCACAUGUAAUUCGUCGUGAAAUGGGUUUUGAACAAUACCAAGAAGGUUAUGCUCGCCAGUUAACCGAGCUGGCUCGUAUUAAGGCGCAUCGUAAACAAAGUAAAGCUGUUGAAAAAGUGCUUAACCCAGAAGUUAAUCUUGAAAGAAAAGAACGACGUAAAAGGCUCGAUAAGACGAACCGGAAACGGAUGCUGGAUGAGCGACGCGGUAAAAUACAAUAUAAAAAGCCGAAGUACGAAGCCGACGAAAUAGCCAGGGUAAAUCGUGAAGCUGAAAACGGUAAAUUCUAGCUUUCACCCUCUGCUAGAAGCUACGUGCAAGACCUGCAGAAUGCCACGAUCGUUUCAGUAGUUGAUAAUUUCGUUGUUUAUUUUGUUAUUGCUGGAGUUCGAAAUUAGUUGGUAGUAAGUGUAUUUUGUAGCAGUAUGUAAAAUUAAUCACUUCUCAUACGACCACCAGUGUACGCUCGUCAUUAGGUAAAUUACAACGUAGUUUAUAAUAUACUACAACAGAUCGAAAUUGUCUAUGUUUAGUUUUCUAAUCGUUAACGUUAUAAUUACAUCUAUCCUAUUUGGUUCCACGUUGCCAAGAUGAGACUUUAUCCAUCGCCAUUUCUUCCUAGAAAAUACUGAAAUAAUUAGCUUCUAGAUAGCAACAAUUUCAGCAAUAGUACUACGUCAUUAAGCUUGUGUCGUGAGUGUAAAACCAUUUUUAGCGCUGAAAAACGUUAUAUGUUAACUGGACAAAUUUCGAAAAAAUCAGGUUAACUAUCUCUUAAGUUUUCAAGAUGUUCCUGACCAUCAUGACCAAGAUGACAAAAUCAUCACGUUUGCAAAUCAACAUGCCAUUUUUCCAUCCGAGAAUGUAUGGGUCCUCUCGUAAAUAAAAGCAGACCUGUUUGUGUGCA